ACAUGACGUGUUCGUGACCUUACAUGACCCCACAACAUGGCUCCAAGUCGUGCAGUCGCAUCGGUGUUGCUCCUUGGAAGACGUUUUACCGCUCCUUCUGUCUUCUUGAGGAAUCUCCAGACUCCUGCUACUUUUAGAAUACCAAACAGACUGAUGUCAUCUACGGGCCACCAGCGAGUUUUGGUGCUGGGGUCAGGUUAUGUGUCUGAGCCUGUGGUGGAGUAUCUAACCAGGGAAAACGACACCCACAUUACACUAGUGUCAGCAGUGAAAUCAGAGGCAGAGACAUUAGCUGACAAGUACCAGAACACUCAGGCGGUCAUCCUUGAUGUCCAGCAGCAGCAGAAAGACUUGGAGCAGUUGGUCAAGGACAACCACCUGGUCAUCAGCCUCCUGCCGUACACGUUACAUCCCCUUGUUGCGGAGAUGUGUAUCAGACAGAAGACUAACAUGGUCACAGCAAGUUACAAGACUCCAGCCAUGGCGCAGCUCCAUAACAGCGCUGUAGAGGCCGGUAUCACAGUGAUGAACGAGGUCGGACUGGACCCUGGGAUCGACCACUUCCUGGCCAUGGAGUGUUUCGACAGGGUGAAUGUAUAGGUCUACAGAAGGUUGGACUGAUUAACACAGGGAACCAUCCCUUCCUGGCACCUCAGGCUCCAACACUCACAUGGAGAGACAUGCUGUGUAACCUGCUGGACGUGAUGACUGACGUCAGCGACGAGGCGCUCAAGGCGGCCAUCUUGGACAAGGUCGGCGGCGAGGAGUACAGGUUACAAGUCAUGGAGAAACUGGGACUCCUGUCUUCAGAACCAGUGGACAAACAGACAACACCUCUGGACACCUUAUCAAACUACCUAGCCAAGAAGCUGGCUUAUGGUGCAGGAGAGAGAGACAUGGUCCUGUUGAUCCAUCUCAUCCAGAUUGAGCGAUCUGAUGGCAGCAGGUUUGAGGAGAAGGUGUCGUUACUGCAGUACGGAGACCCCCAGGGCUACUCCGCCAUGGCCAAGACUGUGGGAUACCCCACCGCUAUCGCCUCCAGAAUGAUUCUCAAUGGUGCUAUCCAGGAGAAGGGAAUGUUGGUCCCCUUCCAGAAGACUGUAUACCAGCCCAUACUGGACAGGCUAAAACUGGAAAAUGUCCAGGCUCAAUACAGUAUGGAGGAGCUGUGACCACUACAGUAACAGUACAGCUAGAAGAUUUAAAAGAAAGCUAAACUCAAGAUUAUACUAUCAUGCUAGAUACCCCACCAAAGUCAAGUCCUUACUUGUUUUAGUAAUACAUAGUAGCCGACGUCCACCAUGGGUCUUCCAUUGUUUGAAACUCUCGCAGCGCAGACAGUUACUUGACAGUCUGAAUUUUCUACAUGUCCCUUCGAUUUUGAAUACUAUUGAGUACCCAAGGGUUCCUAGAGGGGUCCUGGAAAAUUUCGACCCUCUGAAAUGCUAUUUCCUGCAUUUUGAGGUGUAAAUUUUGCUGGUAGACGAAGCUAUUUAACGCCUAUAACAGCAUCUGUUUGGGUGAAAAAUUACAUUAGGGAGACAGUUUUAUUAUAUCUUAAAGUUUACAUAAUUAUCGAUUUUUGUCCGCCACAGAGGACGAAAUGGGCAAAAUUAUUUUCCGUCCGCAGCUGCAAAAUUCCGUCAAAGGACAGAAGUAAGGGCACUAAUAACCCUGCGUAUGCCCUUAUUCAUUCUGAUAUGGAUGGAUUCUAAGUAAUUGCACGACAAAUUAGAGAGAAUGCACAUUUAGCGAGUAUUUCCAAAUUACGGUCAAUUUUGGGAAGGUCUUCAAAGCAUGUCAGCUCAAAAAGCUCCAUUCAUAUAUUAACAGAACUGAUAAUGAGACAUGCCAGUCCCUGAUAUCACAAAAAUCAAUCAGUAAAUUGAGUAGCCAUCAGCAUACUGCAAAAUUUCAAACAGCGGUAGAGCUCUGAACUAUGAAGUUGAACUUGACUGCAUAUUUAGCAUAGUCGGCUUCUCAAUUUCAAGUUUAGCUCCCAUUUACUACAAAAAUAUAUAACUACACAGUAUAUUAUAUAGUUGGCUUUUUAAUUUCAAGUUUAGCUCCCCUUCAACUACAAAUUAAAGCAGUGACCAAUGCAGCUGUUAUAUUCUUCAGUCUAUAAGAUCUUAACGUGUUCUUCAAACAGUAGUGAAAGAUUAAAGACUGUGAGGCAUGU